AAUUAUCUCAUAACAUUGUAGUUUGGCAGAGCAUGCACUUGAUGUGCUACGAUCGUCGGUAUUUAGUUCGGGACUUCGAAACGUUAUGGUUCUGCUUGUUUUGUUGGCAAUCGUUGGUGCUUAUGCUACCGCCUUGUGGACUUUGGAAAAUUUGAUCGUACCAGGUGUUGGGAUCCUGUGGAGAUCCAUACGUCUCCGGAAGAAAUCACUUCGCCAGCGGUAUGGGAAAUGGGCGGUUAUUACCGGUGCUACCGAUGGCAUCGGCAAGGGAUAUGCCCAACAAUUGGCAGCGAAAGGAAUGGAUUUGGUGCUAAUUUCCCGCUCCAAAGAGAAGCUCGUCAAAGUUUGUCAAGAAAUCAAAGCGGCUACGGGAGUGGAGAUCAAGUUGAUUGCGGUGGACUUUUCUCAUGGAGUUACUGUUUUUGAUAACAUCCGCGCGGAGCUAGAAUCAAUUGACGUCGGAAUACUCGGUGAGAACGAUCGCUUUUUCUCACGCUUGGCCUCAGAAUUUACAUCGAGUACUUGCUUACAGUGAACAAUGUGGGGAUGGUCCAUAGUGCGGGCUUGUUUGAAAACGUCUCGGAACAAACCCAUCUUCAGGUCAUCAAUGUCAACAUACUUUCGACACUCUUGAUGACACACAUCGUUCUUCCGAAAAUGAAAAUCGCUGGACGAGGAAUUAUCAUCAACAUUUCAUCGGGAACGGCUGAGUUUCCUGCUCCAUACAUAACUUCGUAUGCGGCGUCGAAAAGUUAUGGCCACAACCUUACGCUGGCAUUGCAGGAGGAACUGCGAGGAACCGGCGUCGAGUGCCAACUGGUGGUGCCAGGGUUCGUCAGGACAAACAUGACCAGUACGUGGCCUUUGUGGAGUAUCGGUGGAAUGCUGAUGCCAGAUGCCAGGCAAUUUUGUUCCAGUGCUACAUGGUUGAUUGGGAAAACCGAUAAUACGUCAGGUCAUUG